AUAUCUCCAGUCACUACAUUGUUCUAUAGAUCAUAAUUUCCCACCUUUCACCAUGAAUCACUAUCCUGAAGUCUGGGGUCGGCCUAGAGAUGAUAUCUACGGGCCUUACAACUCCUCAUACCUUCAGACCACUGGCCCCAAAACUCACACCCAGUCUCCUGCUGUGACUGGGACGUCAGUAUUAGCGGUCAAGUUUAACGGUGGUGUGGCGAUCGCUGCUGAUAACUUGGCGUCGUACGGAUCUCUCGCUCGGUUCACCGAUGUUAAACGCCUGCGCGCGUUCGGUGACUCUGCCGUGGUCGGCUUCAGCGGCGAUGUAUCAGAUAUGCAAUACAUCGAUCGGCUUCUGGAAUCUAUUGACAUUCGAGAAAACUAUUCGACACACGGUAAUAUGCUGAACGCCAAAAACCUCCAUACAUACCUUUCCAAGGUCCUUUAUAAACGUCGCUCUGAAUUCAACCCGCUCUGGAAUCACAUUCUCGUCGCGGGAUUUGAUGAAGACAAGAAACCCUUCCUCAGCUCGGCCGACCUUCUCGGUACUACAUAUUCAGCUCCACAUCUCGCAACCGGGUUUGGUGCGCACCUUGCUAUCCCCAUCUUGCGUCGGCUGUUCCCUGAAGAGAAGCCCCUCGAGGAGAUCAGUAAGGGCGAGGCAGAAGCGGCUUUGAGGGAAUGCCUUAAGGUUCUGUGGUAUCGAGAUGCACGAAGUCUGGAUAAGUAUUCAAUUGCAGUAAUCACAGCGGAGGGAAUUGAGAUCAAGGAAGAUCAGGUGAUCGAGGCCCAGAGCUGGGCGUUCGCUGAGUCUAUCAGGGGGUAUGGAGCUCAAGUCAACUAGGUAUAGCGUUGGUCAUCGGCAAGCAUUAACUAGCAAGGUCUUACAAUUCCACGACUAAAUAAAUUUUCUUAUUGGCAGAGAGAAUCCAUAGCGAUCAUGUUUCCAC